AGAUCGCUAGUGGUCGGCUGGGGGGGAAGGGCCUGCGCUAGCUGGAUCUGAGAGCAGUGAAACUUGCGAAGUCUUACCACGGUUCUCGCUGUCUGCAUGCCUCUCUCUAUGGACGGCCGGAGGGAAGAGGAAGCAACCGGGAUUGUUGUCGUCGCGACCGCAGCGCUUUUUCAGGGCCUAGCGAUGAUUUAAUCUCGGAAAAGCGGGGUGUGGGGGGCAAAGGAGAAGGAAAAAACGACGGGAGCGCGAGAGGAGCAGCCGUCGGAGAUGUGCGGUCGGGCCGAGAUUGCAGCGGUAACCCUGUCUAGGCCUGGACUGAGCAGAUUGUUCUGAGAGGAAACGGACAACAAAUAGGGGAAGUGAACAUGGCUGGGACUUCAGGCUUCUUUUCAAACGGACCUGUUCCGUGGAUGGAGAACGACACAGAGAUGAACAACCUGUACAGAGACCUGGAGCUGGGGACAGUACUGACACUGUUUUAUUCUAAGAAGUCCCAGCGGCCGGAGAGACGGACAUUUCAAGUCAAGCUGGAGACCAGGACUGUUAUCUGGACUCGGGGCACAGAUAAAAUAGAGGGAGAGAUUGACAUUCGAGAAAUCAAGGAGAUCCGUACUGGACAGAAGUCACGGGACUUUGAGCGAUACGUGGAGGACUCGGCAACGAGGCUGGAGCAGGCUCACUGCUUUGUCAUCCUGUAUGGCACAGAGUUCCGCCUUAAAUCCCUCAGCCUGGCAGCAACGUCCGAUGAGGAGAUGACAAUGUGGGUGAAGGGGUUAAACUGGCUUGUGGCCGACACGCUGAAGGCUCCGACACCGCUUCAGAUAGAAAGAUGGUUACGUAAGCAGUUCUAUGCCGUUGAUCGCAACAGAGAAGACAGGAUAUCCUGUAAGGAUCUGAAGAGCAUGCUGAGCCAGGUCAACUACAGGGUGCCCAACAUGAGGUUCCUCCGAGAGAAACUUCCGGACUCAGAGUUGAGGAAUGGAGACGUGUCCUUCAGCCAGUUUGCCCAGCUCUAUCGCAGCCUCAUGUUUGAUGCUCAGAAAAGCAUGGAAAUCCCAUUUAUACAAAGGUUCAUUGAUCGACCAGAGCAGAGGAUCUCCCUUGACGACUUCAAGGGCUUCCUCCUGGACUCUCAAAGGGAAAUGUGGUCCGCAGACGACAACAAAGUUCAGGAGUUUAUGUUCAGCUACCUGAAAGACCCCCUGAGAGAAGUGGAGCAGCCUUAUUUCCACCAAGACGAGUUCCUGACAUACCUGUUCUCCAAAGAGAACAGCAUCUGGGAUUCCUCCCUGGACCAGGUGUGUCCUGACAAUAUGAGCAACCCUCUGUCCCACUACUGGAUCUCUUCUUCACACAACACCUAUCUGACAGGAGACCAGUUUUCCAGUGAGUCGUCCCUGGAGGCAUACGCUCGCUGUCUGAGGAUGGGCUGCCGCUGUAUUGAAUUGGACUGCUGGGAUGGGCCAGAUGGAAUGCCAGUCAUCUACCACGGACACACACUUACAACAAAAAUCAAGUUUUGCGAUGUUUUGACCACCAUCAAAGAGCAUGCCUUUGUCACAUCCGAGUAUCCCAUCAUCUUGUCCAUCGAGGACCACUGUAGUAUUGUGCAGCAGAGGAAUAUGGCCACUUACUUUAGGAAGGUGUUUGGAGACAUGCUGCUGACCAAGGCAGUGGAUAUCGUGGCAGAUGGCCUGCCCUCACCCAACCAGCUCAAGAGGAAGAUCCUCAUCAAGCAUAAGAAGCUUGCAGAAGGCAGUGCCUAUGAAGAGGUGUCCACUUCCACUCCCUACUCAGAGAAUGAUAUCAGCAACUCCAUCAAAAAUGGCAUCCUGUACCUGGAAGACCCUAUUAAUCAUGAGUGGUACCCUCAUUUCUUUGUCCUGACCAGCACUAAGAUCUACUACUCAGAAGAGACCUCCAGUAACCAGGGUAACGAUGAUGAGGAGGAGCACAGAGAGGUUUCCAAUGGUAUGGACCAGCACGUGACAGAGAAAUGGUUCCACGGGAAGCUGGGCGCGGGGCGGGACGGGCGGCAGAUAGCCGAGAGGUUACUGUCGGAGUACUGCCUGGAGACAGGAGCUCCUGAUGGCUCCUUCCUGGUUCGAGAAAGCGAGACCUUUGUGGGAGACUAUACACUGUCUUUCUGGCGUUCAGGGCGGGUGCAGCACUGUCGUAUCCACUCUCGUCAGGAGGCAGGCAGCCCCAAGUUCUACCUGACUGACAACCUGGUGUUUGACACGCUCUUUGCCCUGAUCAACCACUACCAGCAAGUGGCACUGCGCUGCAACGAGUUUGAGAUGAAGCUGACUGAGCCGGUGCCUCAGACCAAUGCUCACGAGAGCAAAGAAUGGUACCAUGCCAACCUCUCUAGGAGCCAUGCGGAAAACAUGCUGAUGAGGGUACCUCGUGAUGGGGCUUUUCUUGUAAGGAAGAGGGCAGAACCCAACUCGUUUGCCAUUUCCUUCAGGGCCGAGGGAAAAAUAAAGCACUGCCGUGUGCAACAGGAAGGUCAGACUGUGGUGCUGGGCACCUCAGAGUUUGACAGCCUAGUAGAUCUCAUCAGCUACUAUGAGAAGCACCCUUUGUACCGCAAAAUGAAACUCCGCUAUCCCAUCAAUGAGGACACACUGGAGAAGAUAGGCACUGCUGAGCCAGACUACGGGUCACUGUACGAGGGCCGGAAUCCAGGCUUUUACGUGGAGGCCAAUCAAAUGCCAACAUUUAAGUGCACGGUUAGAGCCAUGUACGAGUAUAAAGCCCAGAGAGAUGAUGAGCUUUCCUUCAUUAAGAACGCAGUCAUCUCUAAUGUGGACAAACAGGAAGGAGGAUGGUGGAAGGGUGACUGUGGAGGAAAGAAGCAGCUGUGGUUUCCUGCUAAUUACGUGGAGGAGACAAGUCCAUCAGCGGCGGAGCCUGAUAGAACUCAGGAGAUGACAGAAAACAGCCCCCUGGGAGAUCUGCUGAGAGGAAGUGUGGAUGUGUCUUCCUGUCAAAUUGUUGUGCGUACUGAUGGGAAGGGCAGCAGGCCUCAUGUUUUCUCCCUGGUGCCGAGCACCUCCAUGCGGACCGGCCGGUUGCUGGACGUCGCUGCCAGCAGCCAAGAAGAACUCAAGGAAUGGGUGUUCAAGAUCCGCGAGGUCACCAUGACCUCAGAGGCCAAGCUAGAGGAAGGGAAGAUGAUGGAGAGGAGGAAGAAGAUUGCACUGGAACUGUCCGACCUGGUCAUCUACUGUAGGCCUGUGCCGUUUGAUGAAGACAAGAUUGGCACAGAGCGGGCCUGUUUCCGGGACAUGUCAUCCUUCCCUGAAACCAAGGCAGAGAAGUACGUCAACAAGAUCAAAGGGAAGAAGUUCCUGCAGUACAAUCGACUGCAGCUGUCCAGGAUCUACCCCAGAGGCCAGAGACUAGACUCCUCGAACUACGACCCUCUGCCCAUGUGGCUCUGUGGGUCCCAACUGGUCGCACUUAACUUCCAGACAGCAGACAAGCCCAUGCAGAUGAACCAGGCUCUGUUCAUGCUGAACGGAAGGAGUGGGUACGUCCUUCAGCCGCCCAUCAUGAGGGAUGACCACUUUGAUCCCUUUGACAGACUUACGCUACGAGGCCUUGAACAAGUCACUUUAGAGAUAGAGGUUUUGGGCGCGCGGCACCUGCCCAAACACGGACGCGGCAUAGUUUGUCCUUUGAUCGAGAUCGAGGUGUGUGGGGCGGACUAUGACAGUGCCAAGCAAAAAACUGACUCAGAAGCUGAUAACGGCCUGAACCCCACGUGGCCCCGAAAGCCAUUCCAGUUCACAGUAUUCAACUCUGCCUUCGCCUUCCUGCGCUUUGUGGUUUAUGAGAUUGACAUGUUCAAUGACCAAAACUUCCUGGCUCAGGCCACAUUCCCCAUUCACAGCAUCAAGACGGGUUACCGGUCCGUACCUCUGAAGAACAGCUACAAUGAGGAUCUGGAGUUGGCUUCUCUGUUGGUCCACAUGGACAUCAUCAAUGGCAGGGAUGAAAACGGAGAGGUUCUGAGCCCUUUCCCUGCAGCCGGGGCCACGUCAGUGUCAACAUCUGCCCAAGCUGGGCGGGAGCGUUUGGGGGAUUCCGUGUCUUCGACAUCCUCCAACAUGUCUCCUGUGCCCCAGUCGCCGGCCCAGGCCACGGCCUACAGGGGGAGAGAGGGCUCCUUUGAAUCCCGCUACCAGUCCCCUCUAGAAGACUUCAGGGUGUCCCAGGAGGCACUGUUGGACCACAUGGACCCCCAGAACAGACAAACAAGGAUGUUGCGGAGGACCAGAGUGGGCGUAGAGAACCGUGUCUAAGGCCGAGCCAAUCAGGACGCAUUUCUGUUGCACCCCCCCACCGCCACCCACCCCCUCCGUACCCAGUCACCUCUCCCCGUACUGAUGAUGUCACUGACUGCUGUGAACACUGUUUCCAUGGAAACGCCCACCACCGCUUUGGCCUACAUUUCAGGCAGCUCUCCCUCCCUUCAUUCUCCAAAAAAACAAAAAAACCUCUCUUUCUCUCUCCUUGUCCCUGCUGCCCAGUCUCUCACCACUCGCCUGAUGAGGAGAAGGGACUCGGACACAAGAGAAGAGGGAGGGCGUGCUGAGAGGAAGCUGACCGCUGCGGACAGGAGGAAGAAACGGACAUUCACAGGAGAACAAAAACAAGGCUGAAAAAGUUCUCGCCGGUCUGGACUGGUUGUCUGCGGGGCGGGUUGUCCACUCUUGUGUUUUAGGUGUGCACAACAUCUGCUUAGUCUGGUGGCUAAGAGGAGGGAAAGUGAGAGUUGUAAAAGGUAUCAGUUUGAAACUGUUUUCCGGUUAAGUUUCUCUUCUUUUCUCUAUUAGGCGUAUAUGAAUAUAUGUAUUUAUUCCUGCUGUGCUGUUGGCCGGAGAAGAGCAGCAGCUGACCUGCUCUCAAAGAGCUCCCGUCUCCAUGUUUUUAAUUAUUAUAAUUAUUUAAACCAUUAAACAUUCAUAAUGUGAUUUUUUUUUUGGAUUUUUUUUUUUUUUUCAUAAAUGUAUAUGUGUUAAACUUGAGGGCUCUCUACGGCUAUGUUAAUGUAUCUCUCUUCUCUGCUUUGUGGAGGAAAUUAUGUGCAUCCAGUCAAACUCAAACUCUAACCGUUUUCUUUUUUUUUCUUUUUUUGAAGGCAACAGGAAGAAGUCAUAGCUUGUUUGUGUUGGAAACAGUGAGAGAACAGCCAGCAUCAUGUUAUGUCUGCAUACACAAACACACACAAGCUUUUUAUUUAUUUAUAACCUACAUUCCAAAUAACAGCACAUCAUUCCAUUUUCCUGCAUUGCAGGUGCUUUUACAAGCCAGUCCGACACAUUCAAACUUUGAUGGUCUUACUUCACGUUGAUUAUGUCUGAAGGGUCUCUAACUGUGUGAAAAAGCAGGGCCAGGGAUACAUGUCGACCCAGAUGAGGUUGUAUUCUGAGUGUGAAUGAUAACUCUGUUCAUAACUGUCCAUUUUGUUCUCCCAAUUUUUGCCUGUUUGUGGGCCAUUUGAGUGGCAGCACAGUUAUCUUGUCAAUCAAGGGUAGAGUUCAUAGAUCUGCAAGGUUACAGCUCAAAUGACAAUACUGACAACUGCUGGAUAAUUUAAUCAAUUUUCGGAAUAACAAAGUGGUUUGAGGAACAUAAUUAUGUACUCACAUUUUAAAACCUUUUCAUUUACAGGGAACAUUCUUAAUGUUUAACAUUUAACGUACCAUACUUUAAUUAUGGAAAUUAAGAUUGUAAUACAAUUACGCGAUAACUUUGGAGCCUUGUGUUUCUGUGAUUUAUGAUGGGCUAUUUCAAAAAUGUCAUUUUUUACUGAAAUUUCAAGUCUUAAUAGAAUGUAAGGCCCCUUUGUUCUGUGUUUUUAAUUAGUUGAGCAUAACUUUUCUGAUAACUGACACAGCCCUAUGACUACAGUGAAUAUAAAAACUCUUACUGUUUUAUGUGAGCAAGUUUUAGUUCCAACGGAUGUCUCUUGAAGUGGUUUUGAGGUCCGAAGCAAAGGUGUUUUACUGCAACAAGCUGUUUUUUGAUUUUAUUUGUCAGCAUUUGUACAACAGGAGUUCCCCGUGUUUGAAAGGGAAUUCAGUAUUGUUGCCAAGUGAGAAGGUUUGCAUUGCCGGUGUAAGUCAUAAAGAAAGCAUGCCAUAAACUACUUGCUGGUACAUUUUGCUGCAGCACAAAAACAUAAGGGAUCUUUGUUUUGGUGCUGCCGCGGUGUUCUGGGCGAGUUUUGUCACAGCACCAAGCUGCUUCCCAGAAACCUGUGAAGAUUUUAAGUUACACUGCCAUGAUAUACAGUUAAAUUGCAACUGCCUGUGAAUUUAUUUGUGAUGAAAUGUGCAAAAUUGCAGAAUUUGUGUAAACUGGCUCUAAGUGAAUGUCAAACGCUACACAAUUCAUCAUUCCCAAUUUUAGAUUCUUAUUCUGGCUUAUUCAAGUGAUUUGUCUAACUUAGUAAUUAAGAGUCCUCUUGAGUUAAAUGUCAGUGCGCUUAAAAGUGCAGGGACUUCUCAUUUCCUGCGUUUGUGGUAUGAGCGUGUUAGGCAGGUCGAGUCUUAAGUUUAAUUGCAGUGUUUCUGAGGCUGAUGGAUGACAAAGUUGCCUGGGGGGGGGAGGGGGUCGGGGUAGAGGCCAAGGCCUGUGUUCUGGGCCUUCAGUGAGCCCAGAUGGAGCUUGUAACUAACCGAUGCUGUUAGUCUUUCCAGGUUCAUAUCAGAAACAGUGUUUUCUCUGCUUGUACGUGAUGAUUAUAUGAUGUAAACUCAGUAUUCUCACUCAGUGUUUGACCACUGAGACACACCUAAGCCAUAUGGUAUAUUUUAAGUUAAGGUAAAAGCAGGGACAGGACUUAUUACUUGAGAUCUCAACGAAAGGUUUUUUAGCAUCUUGGACCCCAAUAUUAAUCCCAAAGCUCCCCCAUAUUACACAGAUUUUUGUUUUUCCUCCCGUGGUCGAUAGAUGGUCUUUGUGGAGAGCUCUCCCUCCAAUGCUGCAUUGCUCUUAUUGCUGACCUGUCUGCUAAUGUCUGUGUGCCUCUGUCUGCGUGCACAUCAAAUUAAAGCCACGUCAUUCACCUCCUCUGCUGGGCUUUAAGCACCUGCACAGCCAUGGUACACCCACACAGGUGCUGUCACUGAUUUUGACUGAUCGGAACUGCACAGCACUGUGAGCAUGCAUACCCCUCUACUGUUCAGUUUGUUGUACUAGUUAUGGCGGGACAGCGUAAACUCCCACCAACCUGUAAAGAGGUCUAACCAGAGUAAUUAAGAGUGUCUAUGUGGAUGUGCAGGGCCCAUUAGUUUCUCUUGCUUGUUUUUUUCCCAAUCUUGUCUGUUUUGUUACCCACAGUCUCAUUUAUAACGCCUUUCUGUAAUGUGCCUAAACUAUGGAGAGGAAAAGUAUUCAUUUUAAUUUUGCCUUUCAUAUGAAACAUAUUCAAGCCUGAAAAGUAAAUAAAAUACUUACUACUUUAUA